CCGAGGCGGACUGCGAGAGCUGCGGGACGAUGACGAGGUUCACCGCACCUCUGGGAGCGGACGUCUCCUCGGCGCUGACCUCUUGACCGGCGUCGCUGCGCGUGAAGAUGCGCCCCGCGGCAGAGCAGCUCACCUUGACGGACGCCUUCCACCGCGCUCUCUGAGACUUCGCUUCAGCCGCCGCCAGCAGCGGUUCUCGUCGUGACUUUCUCCAGAGCCGCACCAUGACGGCUCGACACUCGCGGAUCCACCUGGCGCUGUUCUUCAUUCUGCUGUGUCCGGUCAACAUCAUCGGCCUGUGGUGGGCGGUGGGCAGCCCGCUGGUGAUGGACCCCAACAGCAUCUGCAGGAAGGCCAAGCGUCUGACGGGCAAACACGCCGAGCUGUGCCAGACUCAGCCGGAGAUCGUGCGCGAGGUGGCCAAGGGCGCGCGGCUGGGCGUGAGGGAGUGUCAGUUCCAGUUCCGCUUCCGCCGCUGGAACUGCACCAGCCACAACAAGUACUUCGGCAAAAUCCUGCAACAAGACAUCAGGGAGACGGCCUUCGUCUACGCGGUGACGGCGGCCGGCGUCACCCACGCCGUGACCCAGGCCUGCAGCAUGGGGGACCUGCUGCAGUGUGGCUGCGAGGCCACCAGGAACCGGGCCGCGCCCAGACCCCCCUCCUCCUCUUCGGGGGACACGGUCAAGUGGGAGUGGGGCGGCUGCGGCGACGACGUGGAGUUCGGCUACGAGAAGUCCAAGCAGUUCAUGGACGCCCGGAGGAGACGAGGCAAGAGCGACAUCCGGACCUUGGUGGACCUGCACAACAACGAAGCGGGGCGACUGGCGGUGAAGCUCUACAUGCGGACCGAGUGCAAGUGUCACGGCCUCUCGGGCUCCUGCACCUUGAGGACCUGCUGGAAGAAGAUGCCUCACUUCCGCGAGGUGGGCGACCGGCUGCUGGAGCGCUUCAACGGCGCCUCCAAGGUGAUGGGCGGCAACGACGGCAAGACCCUCAUCCCCGUGGGCUCCAACAUCAAGCCGCCGGACAAGCAGGACCUCAUCUACUCGGACGAGUCGCCGGACUUCUGCGCCGCCAACAGGAAGACGGGCUCGCUGGGGACACGGGGCCGUGCCUGCAACAGCACCGCCAUGGACAUCAGCGGCUGCGACCUGCUGUGCUGCCAGCGCGGCCACCGCCAGGAGACGCUGCUGCUGGAGGAGAACUGUCUGUGCCGCUUCCACUGGUGCUGCGUGGUCCAGUGCAAGAAGUGCCUGGUGCGGAAGGAGCUGAGCCUCUGCCACUGAGGAGCCGCGGCGCCGCACCCAGCUCGCCGCCGCCAUCUCCCUCUCCUGCUUCAGCGUGUGUUUCCACUGCCUCCUCCGAAGCUCCUGCUCCACUCUGAGAUUAGAUCAUCUGACGCCUGUCCUUGACCCUUGACCUUCGAUGGAGUCCUUGUGUUCUGCUGGCAGGAGGUCAGCAAGGUCAGGAGGUCACGCUCCUCUGUUAUCAUCCCACUGACUAUCAACCGUACCUGGAUAAGGAGGAGGAGCGUCAGCAGUGGUGGACGGCGGUCCUGCCUCGCCUCUUUGCUGGUGGCGUGGUCAGGCCUGCAGCCUCACCACAUGGCUGUGUAUGUGUGAGCUGAUCAAAGUUAGCAGCAGCAGAUGAACGAAUGAACCGCAGAGACGCUCACAAACACGGCGAGCCGAACAUUCCGGGACUGUCAUGUGACCUCUGUCCAGCACGUGUCUACAGACGCUCCACAACAGUCCUUUAUGUCACGACGAGUUCACUGCCAGCGUCCACGGUUGUGAGUGAAAUAUGACUCUAAUAAAAGAGUGUGUCUUUCAAUCCGUCCAACUUUACUUCAGCGGCAGGCUGGAACAGGCCUGGAGACUCAGACACGCUCCUCGCGCUGGGGACCGGCCUCAGACCCAGGACCCGGCUCGACUCCACCACGUGCUGCUCUCGGGUCCAGCUGUGUGUGGAGCUUCUGAGGAGACUGGGCACCUGGCGGAGCUGAGCUGGUGUCCGGGUCAGCUGACUGGCAAACACGUGAAGCGGGAGACAGAAGCAGGUCGGCUCCAGUCU